GCACGGCAGACGGGGCGCGACCGACGAGCAGAGUCGGCCGGGUCCGCCGACCCCCGGGCCCACGGAGGAAGCGGCGUCCCGCGCCACCGACAUCGCCUCGACGUUCCGGCUGUUUGUGACGCCCGCGAUAGAAGACAUUGUCCUGGAGAUGACCAACCUCGAAGGUCGCAGAAGAUACGGGGACGACUGGAAAGGCAUGGACCGGGUCGACCUGCGCGCCUACGUGGGCCUCCUGAUCCUGGCGGGCGUGUACAGGUCCAGAGGGGAGGCCGCCGCCAGUCUGUGGGACGCGGAGAGCGGAAGGGCCAUUUUCCGCGCCACGAUGCCGCUGAAGGACUUUCACGCGUACUCGACACUGUUGCGAUUCGACGACCGCGAGACGAGGCGCGAGCGACGAGCGAGCGACAAACUGGCGGCCGUGCGAGACGUGUGGGACGCGUGGGUGCUCCGACUGCCGCUCCUCUACAACCCGGGGCCCGAGGUGACCGUGGACGAGCAGCUGGUUCCGUUCAGAGGGCGGUGUCCCUUCAGGCAGUACAUGCCCAGCAAGCCGGCGAAAUACGGAAUCAAGACGUGGGUGGCGUGCGACGCCAGAUCCAGCUACGCGUGGAAGAUGCAAGUGUACACCGGCAAGCCGACGACGGGCGGCGGCGGCCCCGAGAGGAACCUGGGGAUGAGGGUCGUGCUCGACGUCACGGAGGGCCUGGCGGGUCGCAACGUGACGUGCGACAAUUACUUCACGUCCUACGAGCUGGCGCGCCGGCUCCUGGCCAGGGGGAUCACCGUGGUCGGCACGGUUCGAAAGAACAAGCCCGAGCUUCCGCCCGCUCUGCUGGCGACGAGGGACAGGGCGGUGUUCUCUUCGAUGUUUGCGUUCACGCCCACCACGGCCCUGGUGUCCUACGUGCCCAAGAAAAACCGCAACGUGGUGCUCAUGAGCACGCGGCACGCCGAGGCCGAGGUCGGCGACCGCCCGGACGGGAAGCCCGCGAUCAUCCUGGACUACAACCGCAACAAGGGAGGCGUGGACAACCUGGACAAGGUGAUCGGCACGUACAGCUGCAGGAGGAUGACGGCCCGCUGGCCCCUGGUCGUGUUCCACAACGUCGUCGACGUGUCCGCCUACAACGCCUUCGUGAUAUGGCGAGAGGUCCGUCCCGACUGGAUGUCCGGCAAGCGGAGCAAGCGCAGGUUCUUCCUCGAGCGGCUCGGAAAAGAGCUCGUGACGCCGCUCGUCGAGAGGAGGGCGUGUCUCCCCCGCACGGAAGCGUCCGCGGCGGUCGUGCGGGCCGCCCGGAGGGCGCGCGGUCGAGCCGAGGCGGCGCCGGAGGCGGAACGGGAGCCGGAAACGCGGGCGGCGGCCGUCGCCUCGGCUCUGUCCAGGGUGGCGAGCAAGAGGAAGAGGUGUCAGAUUUGCCCGUCGAAGAAGGACAGCAAGACGCACACCGUCUGCUGCGCGUGCAGGAGGUACAUCUGCCGGGGCUGCUCGCGCGCGUUCUGCCCCGCCUGCGCCGACCGGCGUGUCUCGAGCGACGGAGGCGGGGGGCGCGGAGACGACGACGGCGGCGACGACGGAGGCGCGGCGCGCACCUGCGACUAUUGGAGGACGCGAGGACGACAAGGCGUGGAGGGGGGUGACGGCUGAACGCGCGCGUGCGUGCGUGCUACUACUAACGGAGGGCGGGGGUGAAGGCUGAAUGCUUGACGUAAUAAAAACACAAUGGAUGUACACACCAAUCUGCAUUGUCUUUAUUCACAUUUACACAAAUACUUGACGGAUACAUACAUACAUACAUAUAUAUAUAUAGUUUGCUUACUAUAGUAAAAGUUGCACCGUUUAACGUGAAAUUCUAAAUGAGUCUUCCUCGUCGACACGAACGCGGUCAUAAUACGCGACUCGCGCCCCCUCCAUUGUACCCACAAUGCAUCGGAGCAGGCUCGCCUGUUGUUGUGAGAGCCAAAUAUCCCAGAAUGCAUUUCAACCUAAGCGGCAGGCGACAACGACCGACGGAGGAAAAUAAACACACAGUCCGAGUUUUAUAAAUACUACUUUAUUUAAGUAACGUUAUGUAAUUUUAUGACUAAAGUUAGUUGUUAAAGCAAACGUUUGUCAACAGCCUUUAACGUAACAAUCUGCCCCGUGGACGUGUAGCGGACAUAACGGACCGUCAUAACGGACACCCUCCAGCGCCGGGAGGUCAGCUGAUCAUCUCGCAGCCCGCGGAGAGCGGCCUGUUUUCGUCGAGUCUGCUGUGAAAUGCUCCGCCGGUCGUUUUCGCGUCUCCGUAGCGGUUUAUACGUGAGACUCGUCGAGCUGUACCACGACGAGUCUUGGUACGUUUUCUAACGUGGUGUCAGAGACGGAGGUUGUUCACCGUCUGUUUGUUUAGAUUCAUAACUUCAUGUUUACAUGUAACUUUUGUACAUACGUAUUGUCUGUAUGCGCAGAGCGCAGCUUGUUUAUUGUCCAUCGUUGUGCAUUAAAACUAACAAUGUUUUAAUUAAAGGACACGAGGU